AUGGCUGAGAUGAACCAACAUUCUGAGAACGGUCGGGUGAGCUCGUGGUUCUUAGGACCAAAGGCAGAGAACUUUGAGGGCUUCAAGGCACUUAUCCUUGAUAUUGUUACCAAACACGUUGAGGGUCGCAGAAGUCUGGACAACACCGAUGCGUCUUUCAUCACACGGGAAAUGAUCGAACAUCCCAGUGCUAGGCAAAGCAUCACUACUCUAGGUGACAAGCUCACUGAGGUCAUGGGCAAUUUGGCAAAUUCUUCUAUUCCAUUCUGGUCUACUCUCUACAAUGCCCAUAUGAAUAUGGAUACCACUAUGGCCAGUACUUUGGGAUACAUUGCGGCAAUGAUGUACAAUCCAAACAACGUCACCCCGGAGUCGAGCCCCUAUACGACGCAUAUCGAGCAUAAAGUCGGCAAUCAGCUGUGUAAGAUGGUUGGCUAUAACGUUGAUUGUGGCGACCCUGAAAAGGCUAUAGGCUGGGGUCAUAUUACCUGCGAUGGCUCUGUUGCAAACCUGGAGGCAACUUGGGCAGUCCAAGAUGCAAAUAGACUUCGACGACCUUUCAAGGACCUCGAAGGAUGGGACCUUUUGAACCUCCCACCCUCAGAGGUGCUAGAUCUACCAACUCGUUUAGCGCGGGAAUACGGAAUCUCACCAGCCUUCCUUGAGUACGCUCUGAAGAAUUGUUUGGUGCAGACGAUUGGUAUGGAGGCACUAGAGCGGGCGUUCAAUAUCCAGGAACCAGCAAGGUUCUUCAUCAACAGCACACGACAUUACUCGUGGCCGAAAGGGGGAGCAAUUACCGGUCUGGGAUCCGAUCGGUUCGUCAAUGGCGUAGUUGACCGCUACGCCAGGAUGGACAUGGCAGAUCUAGAAGCUAAGCUCAAGUACUAUUAUAUGAAGAAGAUUCCCGUCUUCGGAGUGAUCGCCAUGAUAGGAUCUACGUCACAUGGGGCGUGCGACCCGCGAGAGAGAAUCAUAGAGCUGAGGGAGGUGUACAUGAAGAAGGGGUUAUCUUUUAUUGUACACUGUGAUGCUGCCUGGGGUGGGUAUUUUGCCUCUACGCUUGAACCCCCUGAGAGUCCAACGCCGGUCACUACUAGUUUAGUCUUGAAGCCCUAUACCGUCGCGCAGCUGCGGUCCGGAUACAUUCACUACCUGGCAGGAGGCCUGUGUUAUCGUGACGAGAGGACGCGGUACCUCAUUACUUGGACAAGUCCAAUAAUCCAUCACAAUGGCGACGAAAAUGACAGUAUGGGCAUAUACGGUGUGGAGGGCAGUAAGCCUGGAGCAGCCCCGGUAGCUGUAUGGCUCUAUCACGAGACUAUUGGUCUCAACUCUGCGGGUUAUGGUCUGCUGCUGGGGAAGGCGUUAUUUGCCUCCGUAAAACUCUACUGCCAUGUCGCUACAAUGACCAUCGGCGAUGACGGUGAAGGGGACGACGAUCUCGUCGUCGUGCCGUUCAACAUGCUUCCAGCCGAACAGAAUGGCACUGUUCCCUGGACAUCCAAACCAGUGUUCAAGGAGAUCGGAAGUGAUUUGAUGAUCAAUUCCUUUGCUUUCAAUUUCAGGAUGAACGGCGUUCCCAAUAAAGACGUGAAUGAAGCAAACUACUUGAACACGCGAAUCUUUCAGCGCCUUUCGAUUAGAGCCCGCGACGAUACAGAGACCGAUGAACGACCCUUAAUCCUCACCGAGACCGAAAUGUCUCCCAACACAUACGGCGACUCCCUGGAAACAUACAAAGAACGACUAGGCCUCGGAAAAGAAGCUGUCGGAGACCUAAAGUCCCUCGUCAGCGUAACAAUGAGUCCUUGGCCAUCUGACCCUGAUUUUCUUAAAUCCAUGACGAAUGGCCUCAAGAACAUUCCAAAGCAAGAGAUUGAGCGAUGCCGGAAAUGUAAUAUACCAAACCCCGAUCACCACGGAUUCAUCAUGCAAGGAGGUAUAACCUUCUUCCUUGUCCAUCUUCCUAUGUUCAACAUGGCCAACCAUCGCCGCCAGCUCAUCCUUGAGGCAUCGAUUCCCGACCAAGUAAUGAAAGAGUAUAGGAGACUCCGUGCUGCGUACCCAGACUCAAUCUUCACCCUCGGCAAUAUUGAGAGACAACAUCUCAAUGACCUUCUCCAAGCAGAACAAUUCACUGCUCGCAUGGACAGGGGUAUACCAAAAAUGCAGCCUCCAGCGAAUGAUCCGACAGGUGAGCCUGUGAUGCCGGAUCCGUUGGCCCCUCCGUUCACAGUCCAUAUUACCCGGAAAGUUGUUGACCGGUCGCUUGCAUUCGAUAAUCUUGAGAACAAAUAUCCCGAGCUCAUGCCGUUUUAUCUAUAUGGUUUCUGGGAAAGAACACCAUAUGGAUCAUAUUCUGACAAAGUCCCCUAACGCCCAGUUGACUGCCGAGUUGGCCAUGGUGGACCCGUCGUUAAGCGACGAACGAUUGCAGAAAGGCGUGCAAAUAAGACUCAAUACGGUUUUCGAAGGAGCGCUGCAGCC